AUGGAUCGCCUGGAGAAAAGGUUCGAUGCCCUUCACAUGCAGCUAGAGGACAACGACGCUGAUGAUCUUUUGACCACAUUCACCAACCAUUAUAUUGAGGCGAAAACUAAGCUGACACGCCAACUGCACGCUUGCCGAGCUUCAGUGGCUCCUAGUUCUACGUCGCGGCCGUUUUCUGGAGAUCAAUCAUCGUUCAUCGUCGCUCAAGCGAAGCAACGGUUACCUGUACUGCAAAUACCAAAGUUCAGCGGUAACUAUGCAGAAUGGCCCGACUUUUUCUCGAUGUUCAACACCGUGGUCCAUCAAGACGUUGAUUUGACAAGAAUCGAGAAAUUCCAACACCUUCGAUUAAGUCUACGUGAUGCCGCCCUGGAUACAAUUCGGUCGUUAGAAAUAAGUGAACCCAACUAUGAUAAGGCCAUUUGUUUAUUGAAGGCUCGGUUCAAUAAUAAACGUUUGAAUUUCCAGGCUCAUAUCAGAGAUAUUGUUCAGCUGAAGAGGGUAGAGGGUGAAAAGGUAGCCAAACUUCGUGAACUCAGCGAUGCUCUAAAUGCUCACUUGCGCGCGUUGCAGACUGUGGGAACAAAGGAGCAGAUCGCCGACUGUUUAUUAAUUCAGCUAGUUUCUCAAAAGUUGGACAUCAAGUCUCGUGCCAAAUGGGAGGAGCAAACACCUGUAAACGAAAUACCAACGUGGGGUUCGAUGGCUACAUUUUUAGAACAACGCUGUCAGCGACUGGAAAAUGUAGAAAACGCUCUUGCGACGCCGGAAAAACAGGUAGGAAAGAAACUGUCUUAUAACAACAACAAUCGCAAGGUUUCGUUAACAUCGGCUGCAGUUGGGUGUACAUUAUGCAGCUCUAGCGAACAUCGAAUUGCAAAUUGUGAACGAUUUUUAGGCCUGUCGCCUUUAAUGCGUUACAAAGAAGCAAAAAGGUUGCACCUUUGCUUGAAUUGCUUGAGACGUGGUCACUCUCUUAAGGACUGUAAGUCCGGCCAGUGUAGGCAUUGCUCGUCGAAGCAUCACAGUCUGCUUCAUCAAGACACAAAUUCAUUUGCGAAUUCUUCUGAAACAUUGACGUGUGCUAAAUCCCCAUCGCAAGCACAAGCAACAACAAUGCUCCCCACUUCUAUGCACCCGUAUUUGCCACAUUCGUCUUCAACCUUCGGCCCAUCAGCUUCUGCACUUGUCAGCUCUGAAGCUCAAGCUAGCUUUGCUAACCGAGAUUUCGUUCUCUUAGCAACUGCCAUCAUUUAUUUAAAAAAUCGAUCUGGCUCUCUCAUUCCCUGCAGAGCUUUGCUAGAUUCUGCGUCACAACUCAACUUCGUAACCAAUCGACUUGUUAGUCAGCUUCAGUUAAAGAAAGUUAACUCGUCACAGUUCAUUUCUGGCAUAGGCCAAAAUGAUUUCGCCACCAAUCAUAUCGUUGAUUUAAGGCUCCAUUCGCGUAUUACUGAUUAUACGGCUAACUUGACAGCAGUCGUCACAUCCACCAUUACCGAUAUUCAACCAAGUCGCUCGUUAAAAUGCGUUGAUUGGAACAUACCUUCGAAUAUACGCUUAGCGGAUCCAUUAUUCUUUGAACCUCAACGCAUUGACAUGCUCAUUGGAGCUAGCUUAUUUUUCGACCUACUUUGCGUUGGUCAAAUACGCUUGGCCGAAAGUAUGCCAAUUUUGCAAAAAACCAAAUUGGGUUGGAUAGUAUCGGGCGCAACUGCGUACAACGCUGCAAAAUUAUCGUGCCUAACAGCCAUCGACAUGGCUCUAACAAAUGACUCUGAUGUCGAAUUAAACAAAUUAGUGGAACGCUUUUGGGAAGUAGAAACCUGUAAAGAAUCUUCGCCAAAGACUACGGCAGAAGAAGAUUUGUGUGAAGCUCAUUUUUUAAAAAACUACAGACGUUUAAAAUCCGGUGAGUUUUCUGUUCGAUUACCAACAAAAUUACCUUCGUUCGAACUGGGAGAGUCUUAUCAGCAGGCUGUUAAUCGGUUCAGAGCUUUGGAACGAAGAUUGCAGCGAAAUGCUGAACUUAAAAAACAAUAUUCAUCGUUUAUCAAGGAGUACCUUGAUUUGAAUCACAUGUCAGUCGUUGACGCUAUACCAAGCAAAGUUCCUAUAAAUUUUUUGCCGCAUCAUUGCGUUUUAAAGGCCGAUAGCACAACAACAAAACUGCGUGUGGUGUUUGAUGGCUCGGCGCCCACUAGCACUGGACGUUCGCUGAACUCGAUCCUGAUGAAAGGACCAACCAUUCAACAACAACUUUUUGAUAUUUUGCUCUGA